CGCGGACCACAGUGAAGAGCGUCGCACUAGCGCAGAGAGGUCUGUGUCGGACCCGUAAGAUGAUGAGGAGGGGAGUCCAACAGUGACCGGGACUGACCGGGACCAGCGCUGGUCCGGGCGGUCCCGGCGCUGCAGCUGCGGUUGUUACCGGUCCGGGUUUGUUAAUGUCAUACAGGUGCGCGCUGACAGGGAAACGUGUAAAGUACUCAGAUUCCAGAGCAUAACCUGUAACCUACUGGUUACAGAGGUGGAUUACAGUAGUUUGGACGGAGUCACGAGCUGCCUCCUCCAGAGAGGACAGAGUUCAGAAGGGUCUCGCCUCAUAUUUAACGCUCUGAGAGUGAGGACAGCAGCAGGAAAGCUCACCUUCUCUUUUCACUGCGACUGUCACCGUUUUACCCGAGGGCCCGUGUGCACCAGUUCGUCCUGUUCUGCAGGUUGAUUUGAAACGGGGAGUGCAAACCAACGGCAGAGACUGCAUACCUGCACUCUGAAGGCUGACUGCACGGGGAGGUGGGGGCCGCUGCUCCAUAACAACUAAAAUGAAGAACGAGUGCACUUAUGUGUGUUUGUGCUUGAACUCACACACUCAGGUGUGACACAGGACUGUGAUUAUACUGCUCUUCAUCACUCUGACCUCUGUGUUGCCUAAGGAGGAGGAAGAAGACUGUCGGUGGAUCAACAUCUGGGUCCAGGAAUGGCUCAGUCUCCAGAUCCUGAUCUCACCGUCUUCCUGAUGGGACGCAGCGGAGUGGGAAAGAGCGCUUCUGGUAACACGAUUUUAGGACGAGCAGCGUUUGAGUUGAGUGAAUCGUGGGAACCGAUGACGAUGAGAAUCCAAGAGGAAACAGAAGAGAUUUCAGGAAAGCUGAUCCGAGUGAUCGACACUCCGGGAAUUGAAAGAUCAAAAGAGGAACUGAAAACCUUCUGCCAGGGUCUCCUGCAGUCCUCCACCCCUCUGCUGUUCCUGGUGCUGGUUACAACUGGUCGUUUCACAGAUGAGGAAGAGGAGGCUGUGCAGGCAGCCAUCACAGUCCUUGGCGAUGAAGGUCUGGCAAACAGCUUCCUGCUCUUCAUAGGUGGAGAUGAGCUGAACGUGUCACUGCAGGAUCACAUCAGCCAGUCUAAGAGAAGCCCACUCCAAGACGUCGUUAAGAAGUUUGGGGACAGGUAUCAUCUGUUCAACAAUGAAGAGCCUGAAGACAAGAGGCAAGUGGGAGAGCUGCUGAUGAAGGCUGAACGCCACAGGACCCGCGAGCUGCUGAGAUUCAAAGCAGAAGGUUUCUCCAUCGUCCUGCUGGGAAACACCGCUGUGGGCAAAAGCGCUUCUGCAAACACCAUCUUAGGCCGAGCGGCGUUUGAGUCGAGGGCUUCCCUCAAAGCGGUGACGACAGGAAUCGGAGAGGAAACGGGACAGAGGUUUGGGAAGCGGAUCACAGUGUUCGACACUCCAGGACUUUUAGGAUCAGAGGAGCUGAUUGAAAAGUACUACCUGGGCCUGCCCCGUUCCUCCACACCUGUUCUUCUGUCCCUGGUGGUGGUCAGAGUCGGUCGGUUCACCGAGGAGGACCGGCGUGCCGUGGAGACGGCGAUCAGAGUCCUCGGGCCUCGGCGGUUUGAGAACAGCUACCUGCUGUUCACAGGAGGAGACGCCUUAAAGGACAAAAGUCUGCAGGACUUUGUUUCUGAAGAUGAAGCAGGUCCUCUCCAUCAGGUGGUGCAGAGGUUCGCAGGGAGGACUCACCUGUUCAACAAUGAAGGAGGAGGACGAGAGCAGGUCAGAGAGCUGCUGCAGAAAGCAGGUGAUCGUCUCAUGGAGUCUCUCACACUGGUGGACAGGAGAGUCAUUCUGAUUGGUCUGUCUGGAGGAGGGCGGAGCUCAGCAGGAAACACCAUCCUGGGAUCGGAGCGGUUCCCGACAGGAUGUGGGUUUGAACCGGUCCCAGCUGAGGUGGUCUCUGGGUCAGCAGCAGUGGAGCACUGUUGGAUCACCGUGGUCGACACUCCAGGAUUCACAGCCAGAGACUUGGAUGAAGAUCAGCUGGAAAAACGACUCAGGAUGAUGGAAGAACAGUCUGAUCCAGGACCUCACGCCGUGGUGUUCGUGGUCAGGAUAGGCAGGAUGUCCAGGGAAGACUCUGCGCUCCUCACCGCUCUCAGAGAGAUGUUUUAUGAUCAUCCUAGUAACUUCUCCAUGGUGCUCUUCACCCACGGAGAUGAGCUGAGAGGUCGGUCCAUUGAUCAGAUGAUCCAGUCUAACAGCUGUGUGUCUGCACUGGUCUCCAUGAGUCGUGACAGAUUCUGUGUGUUUGACAAUAAUCAGAAAGGAAACAGAAAGCAGGUCAGAGAGUUCCUCCGUCAUGUAGAGAACAUCAUCUCAGAGAACAGAGGAAAACACUUGGACCUAUAUGUACGGUCUACGGGAAUGAACUGGCUGAGUGAGGGAAUGGAGAGAAGGCACAUGCACAUGCACAUGCACAUGCACGGGGACAUGGACAUAAUACGCAUGAAGCACAGGUCAUGGAUCCAGAUCUCACCAUUGUCCUCCUCGGUAGAACCGGAGUGGGUAAAAGUGCUUCAAGCGAACACUAUUUUAGGACGAGCAGCGUUCGAGUCAAAGACUUCCUUCAAAGCGGUGACGACGGGAAUCAGCGAGGAAACGGGACGAGUGUUUGGGAAGCUGUGGUGGACACGCCGGGAGUUUUAGGGUUGGGGUAUCAGCCGAGAAAGCUCUGUGGGGACGUCCUUUGGUUCCUCGGACCUCGCCUGUUCCUGCUGGUGCUGAGCGUCGGUCGGUGGGGUUUAUAUCAGAAAAGCUGUAAAAUAAUAAAAUCCUGUGAA